UCUAUGAGUGCUACUGCACCAAAGACGAACUUUUGUUCAGCAGGAUAUUCAUAAAUGCAUAUUUAUUUAACGACUAAAGCUACGUGCAAGCACAAUGGCAGAUGAUGUUCUGUUUGAAUUCCUCCACAUGGAGAUUGUGGCUCACAUUUACAAGGAGCAGGUGACCCGAGAGGAUAUUGAUAAGGAAAGAGUGACAUGUGUAUCUACUCUAGAGGCAAUGGGCUUCAGAGUUGGACAAGGACUGAUUGAAAGGUUUACAAAAGACUGUCCCUGUUUCAAAGAUGACUUGGACAUCAUGAAGUUCGUCUGCAAAGACUUCUGGAGCACAAUCUUCAAAAAACAAAUUGACAACUUGAGGACAAAUCAUCAGGGCACUUAUGUCCUACAGGAUAAUACAUUUCCACUACUGACUCCGUUUUCCACUGGAAAGCAAUAUCUUGAGGAGGCCCCUAAAUACUUGGCCUUUUCUUGUGGGAUGAUUCGGGGAGCUCUAUCCAACCUGGGCUUGGAGAGUGUCGUGACUGCAGAGGUGUCUUUAAUGCCAUCGUGUAAAUUCCAAGUUGUUGUACAAAAUAUCUUGGAUUGACUAAAUGAGCUGAGAACGGCAAUGUUUCAUCAAAUCAAAACUUUAUAAAUGUGAAUUACAUGGACCUAUAUUCUAAAUGUUUACACCAGAAUGGCAAAUAACUAAAUUAUUUUGAUAAAAAAAUGAUGCUAUAUUUCAAUGAGACGGAUCUCAUGCAUUUCACAUUUUUUAUUUAUACAUCUACCCCUUAUACAUGACCAUAAGACUGUUUUAUAACAAUUGAAUGUCAUGUUCUUCCUCUACAUUACUUAUUACAAACUAAAUUAUAUUAAUUGAAAAUGACCGGAGCAUAUUUAGUUUGUGCUAAUAUGUUAAUAACAAGUAACUAAAAACAUAUUUUGAAAGUAAUUUUUUAUAAACAUUUGGUCAAGAUAAGACACAGAAAAAUUGUAGAUACGUUAGUUUUUUUCUACUAUUUAAUUUAUUUCUGUUUGUUUGUUGCCCUUGUAUCUUUGAUUAUCUAAAACAUAAAGGAAAAAACGUUCUUAAUUUUUAAGGAUAACACUUUCUAAAUGAAGUUUAGCUGAACAUACACUUUACAAGCCAUAAUUUAGUAAUGAUACACUUUGUGUUGAAGAAAUCAAUAUCUUUUUUUACCCCUCAGUGUAUAUUAGGUGAUUUAGGUCUCACUGGUGAAGUAUUUAGGGGAUAAAUGAGAGAUUCUUUUUUUUUUACACCAGAAGAGGGCAACCUUUGUUAGUCUAUUUGUAUGUCUCUGGAGUGAAAGACUUGUAUAUACUCGAACUGGUUGCAAACUUCUUGCACUUAAGUUAGUCUGCAAACUCUUUACUGCUGGUACCUCAUUUAAUCAAAGCUGUAUUUGUUUUUCCUGUUGGUACUGUUUUGAAAUGUAGAUGGGUCAUCACUGGACCGUUUGUUUUCAGUAUCCUGCUUGUUUAUUGUUUGUCUGUACAUUUCUUAAUAAAUGUAUAAAUAUUUAAAUUAA